UUCAUGCUAGAGAAUAUCAAUUAAAGGAUAAUUAAGUAUAUAUGUUAUAUUUUGCAUGUUAACUAUCAAUUUAGUGAUAUUUCAAUAAUGAUUACUGUGUUCAUGAAAGUACUGAAUUAUAAUAUUCAUUAAAUCUCUUUGCAGUAUUAAUUAAAUCAUUACCAUGGCAACUACAGGCAAGAAAGAAUCUGAGUCGCUGAUUCGUAUCCCCCCAUAUUAUUACAUCCAUGUCCUUGACCAGAACAAGAAUGUCACGAGACUGGAGAUUGGGCCCAACACCUUUAUCAGACAGGACCAUGAGAGGGUUGUUGUGGGCCCAGAUAAGAUGAUCACGGUUCCGCCGAGGAACUACUGCGUGAUUGAGAACCCCAUAAUACGUGACAAGGACAACAAGGUCGUACUUGAUGGCAACGGCCAAGUACGUCUGCUGCACGCUGACCAGGAGAUACGCCUUGCCCAGGACCCAUUUCCCCUCUACCCCGGGGAGGUACUCAAACAGGCUGUCACACCCCUAAAAGUGGUUGCCCCCAACACAGCCUUGAGACUUCGCUCUAUUCUUGACUUUGAAGAUGAGACGGGCGAGAAGAGAACAGCUGGGGAUGAAUGGCUUUUUGAGGGACCAGCAACGUACAUUCCUAGAAAGGAGGUUGUCGUUGAGGAAACUGUUCGCGCAACUGUAAUCAAGCCAAACCAGGCAAUCAGACUGCGUGCCCGAAAGGAGUGCAUAGACCGGGAGGGCAGCAACCGAGUGACGGGUGAAGAAUGGCUGGUAAAAAGGACUGGAGCCUACCUUCCUGGGGCUUACGAGGAAGUGGUGGAUGUUGUGAAUGCAUAUGUGCUUACAGAAAAGAAGGGGCUCCAUAUGCGUUCGUUGCGCACGUUCAAGGACGAUUUCGGAGUCGUCCGUAAGAACGGGGAGGAAUGGCUGAUCACUAUGGACAUGACAGAGACACACAUUCCCAAUGUGUAUGAGGAGGUGGUUGGGGUAUCCAAUAUCACCUCACUUAGCAACCGUCAGUAUUGCGUGAUUCUGGACCCUGUUGAUGAAAAGGGCCGCCCACAAAUGGGACGCAAGAAGCUGGUCAAGGGAGAGCUGUCAUUUUUCCUGAUGCCAGGUGAGCAAUUGGAGCGAGGCAUACAGAACGUCUACAUCCUGGGGGAAGACGAGGGACUCAUCCUGCGGGCAAACGAGACAUUCACUGAUGGGGAUGUGACACGUCGCCCUGGUGAUCGCUGGAUGAUUCGUGGCCCCAAGGAGUAUGUGCCGCCAGUUGAGGUGGAGGUCGUGAUGAAGAGACAGGCGAUCCCAUUGGAUGAGAAUGAGGGCGUGUACGUGAGGGACAUCAAGACUGGAAGGGUUCGUGCAGUGACUGGUGAGACAUACAUGAUCAAUCAAGAUGAAGAACUCUGGGCUAAGGAGCUGCCCCCUGCAGUGGAGGCCCUUCUAGCUGCGGCAAAGGAUCCUAUAGCUGAUCGUGGUGACCGACGCACAGGGCCCGCAGAAGGUUCCAAGCCCCGUGACAAGACCCGAGUGAUAUCCUUCCGGGUGCCUCACAAUGCUGCUGUGCAGAUCUAUGACUACAAGGAGAAGAAAGCAAGAGUGGUGUUUGGCCCAGAGCUGGUGAUGCUGGGACCCGAUGAGCAGUUCACUCAGCUGAGCAUCUCUGGAGGCAAGCCAAAGAAGCCAAAUGAGAUUAAGUCCCUGUGUCUGAUGCUGGGGCCUGACUUCAUGACGGACAUUAUCACGGUUGAGACCUCUGACCACGCCCGCCUCUCUCUGCAGCUCUCGUACAACUGGCACUUUGAAAUUCAGGACAAAGGCAAAUUAGAUGAAGCUGCCAUGAUAUUCAGUGUCCCAGAUUUUGUUGGGGACGCCUGUAAAGCCAUUGCCUCCAGGGUAAGAGGGGCAGUGGCACAGGUGCCCUUCGAUGACUUCCACAAAAACUCCGCCCGUGUAAUUCGUUCAUCUGUGUUCGGACUUGACGAAAAGGGCAAAGUGCGAGACCACUUCAUGUUUAAGCAGAACAACCUGAUAAUCACAAGCAUCGACAUUCAGUCCGUGGAGCCAGUGGACCAGAGGACUCGUGACUCUCUGCAGAAAUCCGUUCAGCUUGCAAUCGAGAUCACAACCAACUCCCAGGAGGCCACAGCAAGACAUGAGGCUGAGAGGCUCGAGCAGGAAGCCAAGGGUCGUCUAGAACGCCAGAAGAUCAGUGACGAAGCAGAGGCAGAGAAAGCCCGUCGAGACCUGCUGGAAUUGCAGGCCCUCAGCUCAGCUGUUGAGUCAACAGGUCAGGCGAAGGCAGAGGCCCAGUCCCGCGCUGAGGCCGCCAGGAUUGAAGGAGAGGCUGCUGUGGAGCAGGCCAAACUCAAGUCCCAAGCCAUGAAGAUUGAGGCAGAAUCUGAGCUCUCGCAACUGACAAAUGCCAGAGAAGCCGAACUGAAAUUCCUGAAGGAACAAAAUGAGCUGGAGCUUUCGAAAUCUCGCGAGACAGCAGAUAUCGAAACCAAGAAAUUCAAGCAGAUGGUGGACGCCAUCGGAGCAAGCACCCUGCAAGCUAUCGCCACCUCUGGGCCAGAUAUGCAGGUCAGGAUGCUUCAGGCUCUCGGCAUGAAGUCCACUGUGAUCACGGACGGCAAGACACCCAUCAAUCUGUUCAAUACUGCCCAGGGGCUCAUUGGGGGCAUGGGUGGGGCAGUUGUGCCAUCCAAGAGGUCACGUCGUGAGGUUGUAGAGGAAGAGGGCGACGAUUAAAUGGAUGUACUGGGGCUUGCAUAUACUUUGAAAUUUUUGUUAAAUGUUUUGACUGCCCCUUCAAAAUUGAUGUGGACUUUGUGUUUCACAUUGAUUACGAACAAUGCCUUGGUUUUAUUUAUAUAAACAUGAAACAUUUUUAGCUCAUCUAUUUUUUGAAAAAAAAAGAGCUAUUGUCAUCACCUUGGCGUCGGUGUCGGUGUUAAGUUUUGCGUUUAGGUAUACUUUUCUCAUAAAGUAUCAAUGCUAUUGCAUUUAAACUUGGUACACUUACUUACUAUCAUGAGGGGACUGGCCAGGCAAAGUUAGAUAACUCUGGCUUGCAUUUUGACAGAAUUAUGUGCCCUUUUUAUACUUAGAAAAUUGAAAAUUUUGGUUAAGUUUUGUGUUUAGUUCCAUUUUAUUCCUUAAGUAUCAAAGCUAUUGCUUUCAUACUUGCAACACUUACUUACUAUCAUAAGGGGACUGUGCAGGCAAAGUUAUGUAACUCUGACUGGCAUUUUGACAGAAUUAUGUGCCCUUUUUAUACUUAGAAAAUUGAAAUUUGGUUAAGUUUUGUGUUUAGGUCCACUUUUUUCCUCAAGUAUCAAAGCUAUUGCUUUCAUACUUGCAACACUUACUAACUAUCGUAAGGGGACUGUGCAGGCAAAGUUAUGUAACUCUGACUGGUAUUUUUACAUAAUUAUGGGCCCUUUAUACUUGAAAAUUUGGUUAAUCUUUGUGUUUUGGUCCACUUUACCCCUAAAGUAUCAUAGAUAUUGCUUUCAUACUUGGAACACUCGCAAACUAACAUAAGGGGACAGUAAAGGACAAGUUGCAUAACUCUGGUUGUCAUUUUAACGGAAUUAUGGCCCUUUUUUGACUUAGUAAUUUUGAAUAUAUGGUUACAUUUUGUGUUACGAUACACUUUACUUCUAAAGUAUCAAGGCUGUUGCUUUUAAAUACUACAAAUACUUUCAUACUAUUAUGAGGGUACUGUACCUGGCAAGUUGAAUUUUACCUUGACCUUUGAAUGACCUUGACUCUCAAGGUCAAAUUAUUAAAGUUUGCUAAAAUUGCCAUAACUUCUUUAUUUAUGAUUAGAUUCGAUUGAUACUUUGACAAAACAACUCUUACCUGACAUACCACAAUAGACUCCACCCAAACCAUCCCCCACACGCCCCCCCCCCCAAACUCCCGCCCCCCUCGAAUCCCCCCUCAACCCCCCUCCAUUAUUAUUUUUUUAAAUUAAAGAUCAUCUAAUUAAUGACCACCACACCCUCACACUAUACCCCCCACCCCAAAAAAAUAAUGUUAAUGCCCCCGGUAGGGUGGCAUAUAGCAGUUGAACUGUCCGUCAGUAUGUCAGUCAGUCUGUCCUUCCGUCCGAAAAAAGCUUUAACAUUGGCCAUAACUUUUUCACUUUUGAAGAUAGCAACUUGAUAUUUGGCAUGCAUGUGUAUCUCAUGGAGCUGCGCAUUUUGAGUGGUGAAAGGUUAAGGUCAUCCUUCAAGGUCAAAUGUCAAAUUUAUGGUGUCUGUCCAACUGAAAACUAACAUUGGCCUUAACUUUUUCAAUAUUGAAGAUAGCAACUUGAUAUUUGACAUGCAUGUGUAUCUCAUGAAGCUGCACAUUUUGAGUGCUGGAAGGUCAAGGUCAUCCUUCAAGGUAAAAAAAUUAAUAAAUAAAAGUGGCAUUCGUUCUCAUGAAGCUGCACUUUUUGAGUGGUGGCAGUUCAAGGUCAAGGUCAUCCUUCAAGGUCAAAGGUAAAAAAAAUAAUGAUUCAAAACAGCGUUCUCAUGAAGCUGCACAUUUUGAGUGGUGGAAGUUCAAGGUCAAGGUCAUCCUUCAAGGUCAAGGUCAUCCUUCAAGGUCAAAGGUCAAACAAAAUAUAAAAAAUUCAAAGUGGUGUUAUCAUGAAGCUGCACAUUUUGAGUGGUGGAAGGUCAAGGUCAUCCUUCAAGGUCAAAGGUAUUUUUAUUUAUUUUUAAUUCAAAGCGGCGUUCUCAUGAAGCUGCACAUUUUGAGUGGUGGAAGUUCAAGGUCAAGGUCAUUCUUCAAGGUCAAGGUCAUCCUUCAAGGUCGAAGGUAAAAUUUUUUUAAAAUUUAAAGCGGCGUUAUCAUGAAGCUGCACAUUUUGAGUGGUGGAAGUUCAAGGUCAAGGUCAUCCAUCAAGGUCAAGGUCAUCCUCCAUGGUUAAAGGUAAAAAAAAAUAAAAUCAAAGCAGAGCAAUAGGGGGCAUUGUGUUUCUGACAAACACAUCUCUUGUUUUUUUCAAACAUGGUUAAAAACAAAAUAUUUAUUUUUAUUAUUUUAUUUUUGAAAUACUGUCCAACCAUCCCACCCAAGAACCCCCCCCCCCCAAUAAAUAUUUUUGUUUGCAUUUUUGGAAGAUAAUGUAAUAAAUGACCACACCCACACACUAUACACCCCUCUCCACUCCACCCCUCCCUCCUUUGUGAUUGAAAUUGAGAUAGGUCCCUACACCUUUAAAAAGAAAAAUAGAUGAGCGGUCUGCACCCGCAAGGCGUAGCUCUUGUUAAAGUUAGCGACCACAGAUAUAAAUCAUUUUAUAAAUAUAUUCACCAUGAAAUUAUCAAAAAUAUUUAUUGCAAGAGUACAUAUCUUACAUAUAUUUCUGUAUUUCCACUAAAUAAAAUAUAGGUUUUGUAAUAGAUGUUUGUUUUAUAAUAAAUUGGAUGUUAAAAAAGUAAGAAAGCAUAAUUCAAUUUAAUCUAAAUCAAAACUAAACUAAAACAGAAAAACAACAAUAACCAUCACUAUAUUAUAUCAUAUCAAGUAAUUUUGUUGUAAUUCAAAUUCCAUAAAGAUUUGUUUAGUUGGGUUUAAAAAUAUUAAAUAUUAUAUUUAUAAUAUUUUUGCAUUUUGUUUGCUUUAUAGAUGAUUCUCAGCCGUUCAUGACUUGUACAUCAAACUUUAAAUACAAUUAGUUUAUUUCUAUUAAUGUUUAUAUGCUUUUUUAUUAUAUAGUGGUAUUUAAAUUCUGUUAAUGUUUUAAUAACAUUAUUAAUCUGUUGAUGUUUGUUUGCUCUUUCUUACUUACAUUAACUAUAGCUUUGCAUCUGGUUGUAUAAUUUUGUUGACUCUUUAUUUAAUUUUCUAUAAGGGCUCUGUGAUAUGCAUUGACGAGUACUUGAACUUUUUGUGCGUUUGUUUAUCAUAACAUAUAUUUAUGUACCUUGUUUACAUUAAAAUUCUUUAAUCAA